CUGCAAGGAAACCAGUAUGCUCGACAAGCUUCGAAAGCAUGGAGAUCCAGUAAGCUCGCUAAUAUUUUCAAUGACAAGCAAGCUCGAAGUGUACAUUCGUUCUGUGUCCAGCAUGAGUGGGAUCUAGGACGAUGUAGGACAAGUACGGAUCCAAAUUUCUCCAUGGCCCCUUCAAUGCUUCACCUUGCUAUUGUAGUGCAACUAAUUCCAUUUGUUCUAUAG